AUGGCAUGUGCGCGUCUUGGACAGUGGGCGCAACGCGUCGGAGAGUGGACAGGUGGCGCGCGGAUUGGACGGCUUGCAGGGGAACAGAGAUCCCUACAAGAUGCCUUCCGUGACCCGUCCUCGCCAUUCCACCUACCGCCCGGCACGCAAGGCCCUGCCUCCCCAGAUCCCCCUGCCGAGUUCCUGCACACUGAAGCCCAGGAGACGCGGGCGGAGCAGGCCCGCACAAAGAUGCUAGAGCUGGGCUACGACCCGAGCAGCUUCUGGGAGCAGCGGAUCGUGUGGGGUGACCACGACGCAUUCCAGUCAGUCAACCCCUGA